CUGGCGCCCUGUUUCCAUGGCAUACCCCAUAUUUCGACCGCUGAAGAUAGGCACCAGCAGACCCCCCAGGCCCAACAAGACUCUGCAAGAACAGACACGUCUUCCUGUCCAUUAGCUGAUAAAGAGCCGUGCUGGUUGCGCCCAGUUUCAAACCGUCGUGGCCUGCGAUUAUGCUUCAAAAGUGAAAGAACUGCGCAGAAAAAACACCCAGCUCCCCAAAUGGCUCCUCAAUACGCUCCAAGUCUGCGCUCCCGUUUGGCUCCUUUACUGCUUAUACUGCAAACUGCAUUCAUCACCAUUGCUGCACUUUGUUUCGAAAACAAACAAACCAACAAUCUUGACAGGAAAUCCUUCCUCGACUUUUACCCAGAGUUCCAGGAUGUGAAUGUGAUGGUGAUUCUUGGUUUUGGCUUCCUGUGCACCUUCCCAGUGCGGUAUGGGUUCAGUGGCUUGGGGUUCAACCUCCUUGUUGCUGUUAUUGCCACCCAGUGGGCACUCAUACUGAACGGGAUUGACUCCUUGUAUAACACAAGAAUAAUCCGGAUUGAUUUGAAAAGCAUUAUAAAUGCAGAGUUGUGCGCUGUUUCUGCAUUAAUUUCAAUUGGAUCUGUACUGGGAAAGAUAAACCCAGUCCAGCUCACCUUGAUUGCCCUGUUGGAAGUGACAGGAUUUGUCCUAAACGACUGGCUCCACCAGACACUCAUGAAAGUCCGGCCUCUGAACAGCAUCAUGGAGCUUCAUGUGUUCGGGGCCCUCUUUGGACUCAUGCUGACGUGGAUCCUGUACAGGAAUGGCUCGGCGCAGGGAUUUGAGAAGGAGAAAUUUGACAAAAAAUCCGGAUUGUUCUCAAUGUUGGGCACUGUGUUUCUCUGGAUGUUUUGGCCCAGUUUUAAUUCAGUACUGGUGGAUGAUCAAACUCAACUGGAAGCUGUAUGCAGCACCUACCUGGCCUUGGCUGUUAGUGCUGUGACAGCAGCUGCUCUGACUAUGCUCUCCAGUCCCAGGGGAAAACUCAACCCAAUCCAAAUGCAGUCAUGCAUCCUUGCUGGUGGUGUUGCUAUCGGGAUUUCCAUCUCAGCAUUGCAACAGCCGUGGGAAGCCAUGGCACUCGGAUUCACUGCUGCCAUAAUAUCAGCCAUGGGAUUCAGAUAUCUAAAGACCCACCUGCUGAUUGCAUUUGACUGCCAUGACACCUGCUCUGUUCUGAGCACACAUGGACUCCCUGGUCUGUUGGGGUGGCUCGCACAACUUGUCCUGCAGAUUAAAGACUGUGAUGAUCACACAGUAGCCAUCCGUUUUGCUGUGUUCCACAUCUCUGCUCUCUUUAUCACCAUCUGUGUAAGUUUGACCACUGGAAUCCUAACAGCAUUUCUACUCAAGUGGAACUUUUGGAGACCACCACAAAACAAGAAAUGCUUUGAUGACCAGGCUUUCUGGGAGUUUCCCAACCUUGUGGUACAGAAAUAAGAAGAUGAAGGAACAAGCUGGUCAGAUCUGAUCCUGGAAGUACAUGGCAUUUCGGCAUUAAUAUUUGUUAGUAAACAGCUUUAUAUUAUUGUUCUUGCUUUUCUGUAGAGUAGAAAUUAGAUGUGUUUGUGCUGAAAAAAUAAUAAUUAAAAAAAAUUUAAAUCAA